CAUCUGUCAUAUUCAUACAUUACAAAAAGCUUAAAUAAAUAAUACUAGUUAAGUAAAUGUUUUGAAAUUGAAACAAAUUAGUUUUAAUGAUGGAAGAUUACGAUAGUGAUGCGGUUAUUAAUGCCAUAGAGGCGAUGCAUUCCUGUCGCUGCUGCCUGCGGCACCCUCCAGACAAGGGCUUGAAGACUUUGUAUACUCAUGUUGGAAAAACUGAGAUAUAUUUUGAUAUGAUUGAAGAAUGCUUUAAUAUACGUGUUGCCAUGAGCAGUGACGACGAGUGUGGUAUCUGCGAGGUGUGCGUGGGGCGGCUGCGGGACGCGAGCGAGUUCAAGCUGCAAGUGCAGCGCAGCCAGGCCGAGCUGCAGCGGUUGCAGUUCAUUCAUUUUUUGGAUGAGAAACCCGCGAUCAAGUCUGAGGCUGUGGAGGGAAGUGCCACAAAUGAUGAUUUUACACUACGCGAAGUGCACCCGGUCAAGUUGGAGGCGAAGAUGUCGGAGGGUGAAACAAUCAACAACGAAGAAUUGGUACAAGCACUGCCAUUAGCCGUCCCACCACCAGCUCCAGCGCGGACGAGGAACGAUUCCAACCACGCCUUAGUACAACAAGUUCAGACGCUGGCCGGCUCAGAGUCAGCAGGCACUCUCACGGAAUCUUCUGCGUCCGCCAUUGCAAGGAAACAAAUUGCGAAGCUGGCCCACCUUCCCCCCGCACCACCCUUGGACGCUCAACCAGGACAGCCUGCACCUCGCAACAGGGGACCCCCCAAACCUGUCUCCUGCGAUAUAUGCAAAAGACAAUUCCAGUUUAAACAUCUCCUAGUCAAACACAUGCCUAGGCAUACUGGAGUAAAGCCUUACGCAUGUGAAGUAUGCAACAAAAAGUACUCACUGAAGUCCGUCCUAAAGAACCACCUAAAAACUCACACAGACAACAAGUUCUCCUGCGACGUAUGCCAAAAGGAAUUCAGUUAUGGAUAUAACUUAAAAUCCCAUAUGCGUGUGCACACAGGUGUCAAACCGUUUCCGUGCGAAGUUUGCAAUAGAGAGUUUUCUAAAAAGCUUUCUUUAAAAAGUCAUUUAACCAGUUCUGGUCAUUUACUUCCAAUUUCUUGCAAAAUUUGCAAAAAACGGUUCGCUCAUGAAAGUGAAUUAAAUGAGCACAUUACUAGUUUGCAUGGAAUUAAAGAAACAAACCCACUUCAGCCAAAAAAACGACACAUUAUAAAACAACAUACUGAGUUUCUAGACGAUCUUCAAACAAAUAAUCCGCAUACAAAGGAACAAGAAGAACAAACAAGAAAUAAAACAAAUCUCACAGGCCAAUUAUUCUGCUGUGAAAUAUGUGGAAAGCAAUAUAGACUUAAGAAACUAUUCGAUGCCCACAUGAACAGACACACGGGAGUGAAGCUCGAGUACUGUACUUUAUGUGACAAACGCUUUGCAGAAAAAAGUACUUUGAAAAGUCACAUGCUAUUACAUACCGGGGAAAAACCUUAUCCCUGCGCUAUAUGUCAGAAACGAUUCCGGCAGAGCUCAGCUUUACAAUACCACAUGUUAAUACACAAAGGCGUCAAACCUUAUUCCUGCGAAGUGUGUAAUAAAGAUUUCAGACAUAAAUCUGCUUUGAAAGUUCAUAGCAAACGGCACACGGGACAGAAAGCACACGGUUGCGAUAUAUGUAAAAAGGAGUUUAUAGUACUAGCUGCAUUAAAAGAGCAUCAACGUAUUCACACUGGAGAGCAGCCUUACGUGUGUAAAGUUUGUCAGAAGCAAUUCCGGUUAGCCAGCCACGUCCGGAGACAUCUCAAACGCGUCCACAACGAGGCGGUCUCCAAUUAUAUUGUCAUAAAGAAGUGAUAUUCAUUCCAAUUAUAAUAAGAUUCACCGGUG